AGCUGAUGCUGAUCCGGCGAGCAAGGCUGUUCAAGUCCACACUAAAACUUAUAAAUGUGUUCGAUGUUUGUUCACUUUUUAUCUUGCCGUUUGACGUUGAACUUCGUCUUUGAGGUUCACUAGAUUCAACAUGCAUCUUGUCAGAGUCUUUUCAAAUGAUCGGAAGUUUAAAGUGUUUGUGAAAGUGAGUCAGUUGGCCGAGCUCAUUGAUGAAGGCCGCAGAAAGCUCAAACUUCCAGACAUCUCGUAUGAGGUUUAUCAGGAAGAUGAUGGAACGCUCAUUGAUGAUGAUGCUGUGUUUGAUGCACUUUGUGAGGAGGCUACUUCCAGACAGCAAAAGCUAGGCGUUAUGCUUAUCGCAGAGGAUUCAACCUGGGUUGCUGUUAACUCUGAUCCUGGUCCAUCACCUAGCCGUUCUACAUCUGAAUCAAGUGAAACAACGAGUGAUUCAUCAAGCUUGGAUUCUGUUCCAAACUGUCCAUCGAACUCUACUCGAUUAUUCCCAGUUGCAUCUGUGACUCAAUUUUUAGACCCGCUUGUUGAAAUUUUGAACUCAUCAACUCAUCCUCCUAAGCACUUUCCUCACAUGAGGAAACACGCUAUUAAGGAGACAUUCCAUGCAAUUGGGAAUCACAUGAUUCUCACCUUAAAAGACUUUGGCAAACCUACAGCUCGUAAACUUGCUCAAGCUAUUUUAGAUUAUGAAGACAAGAAAUAUUCAAGAAUAUUUGCUAUAGACAUUGGAGAUGUAGCAUGCGAUUCUGGACUUGGUUCAUUUGCCCAGCAGAUUUAUGCAUAUGUUCAAGCCAAUAAAGGUGAAGAUAACAAACAGAAGAAACGCAGGAAGAGGGUCCAUAGUGAUGGUGAGGAAGACCCUGAUCCUGAUGGUGACUUGCUUCCGCCACCACCAUCUAAACAAGAUUGCUAUGGUUGUGUGGCGUUUGAUCCUCCUCUUCCAGAAGGUGAAACUGCAGAUUCGCAAGAGGUUAAAAGAGUGGCAGCUGUUACUAUGGAUCCCCUUUCAGAAGAAGCCACUGACUUAAUGAAAAUAACUUAUGCCUCACAAAGAGCAGAGAUCAACAGAGGUAAACCAAUGCUCACUAACCUACCUAAAAUUUUAGACCGUUGGCCACUGUUAAAAUGCAAAGUUAUACUGAUUGCUCAUGCUGCAAUACUCCUUGGUAAAGAUGUCAGCUCUGUCUGGACAAAUGCUGUCUCCAAGAAAUGGGAGUCUGUUUUUAAGUUUUUUAAAUUUUACUGGCAAAAUCCAAAGAAAUCUAAUGAAGAAAUGCUCAAUUUGAUGCAAAAUGCUGAGGAAUCAGAUAUGGCUGGAAGGUCAGUUGUUUCCCGGUGUGCCAGUAUCUUUCUACUCAUCACGGGAUUCAUGAGCGAAAAGUCCUCUGCUCUUCUCUCUACUGUUCAUGCCCUCUCUUCUGAUGAAGAUGUGCUUGAAGCAGCAGCAGGGGCAGAAGGAUAUCCUCUGAUUGUAGUAAAAGGUGACUCCCUCAUUGACCCUGACGCAGAAUAUUUUGUUGUCCUGGUUGGGAAAACUGCUAUCAAAGCUUCUGAUGCUACAGAAGCAGUUUUGCUGCUACUUUUAUGUUAUUACAAUUUUAACCUCUGCUACCACCCUAAACUACAAAGUACUUUGGAAUUUUUCCAAAGGUGUUUCCUUGAUGUGAACCCACCUCCAGAGAAAGGGAACAAGCGCUCUAAGCAACGCAGGACUGUCGACCAUGUGGAUGCAAAGGUGAAGUCUCUAGGAUUAAAACUAAAGGAUCAUUCCUCGCUGUGGAUACUUCCUACACAUUAAGUUCACAUUUAUUUUUUGACUGCUAGUUGUACUAUAACUCAUUGUUUUUUAAUAUGGAGUGUUUAUAUCCAUAGUAUUUUUGUAUAGUAUGUUUGUAGCAUUACUAUUGUUAUUUGUGACAUCACAUCACUAAUCUGCAUUUUAUUGAGGUUCAUUAAAUGUAUUGUAAGCUUAAA